GUUUGUCCAGAUUUGCCCAUGCGCAGUUAAUAGCCAUCGUCCAACGCCUGCAGGGUAAGAAGUGCGGGUGGAUAGUAGACCUGUAGUGAAACAGACAAGAGAGUACUCUACUGUAGUCCGAGCAAGAAGAAUCAUGGCUGCAAGGUUCUGUGGAGUCCUUGCCCUUCUUGCAGUGUUUCUCAGUGGACUGAAUGCAUCAAGACCAGCUGUAAACCAGGAACUAUCCAAUAUUUUCAAUGAGCUGUGGAGGUUGGAUGUGAAUCGCAUGACGCCUGGGAUAGACUACACAAUCUCUGUUCAGGGUAGAGCCAGUUUUGUAAACCAGGGCAGCCAUGUUGUCCAGGAUCACGCCGCACAGCCUCUGUUCUCCAACGUUAAUGAGAACAAACUGAUGAACACAACCACCAUCUCCCGGUUCACAAAACUCCUGGACAACUAUGAGCGGUCCACAGGCGUGACCGAACAAGUCACAACAGAGGAGCUGACAGAGAUUAAUCUCUUCCUGGAUGCCGUCUUAGAGACAGAAGUCAUGAAGCGGGCUCAUAAGUACCUGGUGACCAAAGGACAGUCGAGCUCUAACCUGAGACAGUUUAAGAGCCAGCUGCGCUUGAUCUGGUUCAACCUCUACCACAGACAGAGAAGCACAGGUCUCGACUCCAGUGGAUUCGAGCAUGUCUUUGUUGGAGAGACAAAAUCUGGAACAGAAAUCAUUGGUUUUCACAACUGGAUCCAGUUCUACCUGCAAGAAAAAAACAACCACUUGGACUACAAAGGAUACAAGGCCAGGGAACAUGACUUACCUGAUCAAGACGACCACGUUCUGAACCUCCAGUUCAGCUGGCACGGAGUGGUGAAGCCCGUCGGCAGUGCCUUCAUCGGGACCAGCCCUGAGUUUGAGAUGGCGCUCUUCACCAUCGUCUUCCUCAUGAACACGGAGAGGAGCACCACAGUGCUGGUCAACAUCGACCAGUGUCAGAUGGAGCUGGUGGUCAUCAGACACGGACGCUCCCUCGGGACGGCGUACCCCAAACUGCUCAGCAGCAACAGCAGACAUGUCAGGCAGCAGCACUCACACUGAUGUGAUGAUGCCCAAGAAUCUGAGGCACAAAUGUACUGUGGUUUGGUUAAAACGGCACAGACCUACUUAGUAUAGUGCAGGACAUAGAUGCGUACAAGUCUGUGAUCUUUAUCAGGACCAUUGUAAACUUGAUUAAUUUGUCAAAAGCUAAUUCAAUAAAAGUAAUUGAUGCUUUUUAAAAUCAAAUAUUUGAUGUGUUUAUGUCCUCAGCAAAUAAAAUGACUUUCAUUUGUAAUACA